AUGACGACGACGACGAGGAUAACGAGCGGUAAUAAUAGUCGCAACUUUUUUGUUGGAAACAAAGUUCCUCGCGCGCGUCGCAAAACUCUCUGUCGUCGCGCUCUUCUUCUUGGAGAAAAUCAUCAUCGAACGGUGGUGAUGAUGAUGAUGAUGAAAAAGAUAAGUGCGAGAGAUGAGAGGAGGAACGAGAGAAGCAGGUUCGGCUGCGUUCGAGUAGCGGCGGCGGCGAGGAGUAGUAGUAGUGGUAGCAGUAACGACGACGACGACAAGAACAACAGUAACGGCGCGACGGCGACGAGAGAUGAAUUAUUGGAAGAAAUUGAAAAGUUAAAAGCUGAAAACGCAAAGUUGAAGAUGUUGCAGAUGCAGUUGGAGGAUGUUUCUUUGCCUUCUUCUUCUUUGUCUUCUUCUUCUUCGAAGUCGACGACGACGACGACGACAACAAUAAAAACAACGAAAAAAGCCGCCGUCGGCGCGCUUCGAACCGAUCCUAAGAGUGAAUCUGAAAUCGAAUGGCCGUUACCGAUUACCGCGGAAGGAUGUCCCGUAGGCGAGGAAGACAAGAAACCGUUCUGGGAAACGAGACCGAAGAACGACCCGGACGAACUCUUUGAAGGAAAAACGGCGACGGAGGAAACAAACAGACCGAAAAAAAUUGCGCACGUUACGGCAGAGUUAGCACCGCUGGCAAAAGUUGGUGGAUUAGGCGACGUGACGCAAGGGUUAGGUCGCGCGAUGAAAAUGCAAGGCCACGACGUGGUCAUCAUCUUGCCGUUUUAUCAAUCGCUCGACGCGAACGAGAUUUUCGAUUUAAAACACGUGAUGGAUUUUGACGUACCCAAAGGGACGAAAUGGGACGGAGAAAAUGUCGUGUCGAUGAUGAAAACGUCCGCGUAUUCGGGAAAUAUCGGCGGGUGCGACGUGAUUUUAUUGAAACCGCACGAGGAGACGAAUUCGAACAUUUUCAAAGGCGGGGCGAUUUACGGCGGGAGUUAUAAUGAGCUCGAAGCGUAUUUAUAUUUCUCCCGAGCGAGUUUAGAAUUUUUGGAUAAAUCUGGAAGAGACCCGGACGUGAUUCACGUCCACGAGUGGCAAACGUGCGCGGUGCCAAUGUUGUAUUGGGAAGAGUACCACGGGAAGACGAGUUUGAACAAAGCGAAAAUUGUCAUGACUAUUCACAAUUUGGACAACACCGGAGAGUGCCGAGAGGAGGAGUUUUUCGCGACUGGCGUGAAUGGAGAAAAGUUUAACGUUAUCGAGAAAGCGUUGGAUGAACGAACUAUCGGACACAAUCCGGAAAGAAUGUGUUUAAUGAAAGGUGGCGUCGUGUACUCGAACAAAGUCACGACCGUUUCGCCGACGUACGCGAAAGAAACUUUGGACGGGAACGGCGGCUUCAUGUCCAAAAUUCUAAAAGCGAACCAAGAAAAGUUCUCCGGCAUUUUGAACGGCAUCGAUUACGAUUUGUGGAAUCCGGCGUUAGACGCGACGUUGCCGGCCAAUUUCGCCCCAGGGAAUAAAAUGACCGAAAACAAAAAGCUGUGCAAAAAAUACUUACAAAUCGGCUUGGGAUUGGACGCGGACGAAACAAAACCGUUGAUCGUGUGCAUCUCGAGGUUAGUUCCUCAAAAAGGCAUUCACUUGAUCGAACGCGCGGUCACGCAAUCCGAAAAUAACGGGAAUCAGUUCGUGUUACUCGGCAGCGGCCACAGCGAUGGUGGUUUCAAGCGAAUGGCCAACGAAGAGUUUUCCCAAACGAACUCGUCCAACGUCCGAUUGAUGAUUACCUACUCCGACGCGCUCUCUCGAUUAAUGUACGCCGCCGCGGACUUUGUCUUGGUCCCUUCAAUGUUCGAACCGUGCGGUUUGACGCAAAUGAUCGCCAUGCGCUACGGCGCCUUACCCAUCGUCCGUUCUACCGGCGGACUCGCCGAUACCGUCAUCGAUUGCGACGCCGACCAAGAAAACGGCAACGGCUUUGUCUUUUACGGCGCCGACGACCAAUCCUUAGACGAGUGCAUUCAAAGAGCCAACAAAACGUUCCAAGACCGAAAGAAGUUUCACGAGUUGCAAGAACGCGUCGCCAGAGUCGAUUACGGGUGGGAAGCGAGCGGUAACGUCUACGCGGAGUUGUACGAGAGUUUGUAA